UCCUUUUCUAGAGCUCAGGGGGAUGGGGUUCACCCGCACCUCCAAAUGCAAGCAAUCAGGACCUGGGGGCCCCGUGCAGCCGGCGAGGCCGAGAUCCGCGGGCGCCGGGCUCGCGGGGCGGGGCGGUGGGGGUGGGGGCUGCGACGGCCUCGACAGCUGCCCAGUGCCGGCCCGGCCCCGGCCACGGCCCCAGAGCUAUUGUACAGAUUCCCGGCUCCGGCCCUGGUCUCUCGGCUGGCCUAUACCAAAUGUGCCACCGAGGGAGGGCCGGCCCCCCACCUUGCGACCCUGCGCAGGCCCACUGAGGAAGCUGGGGCCAGGGACAGGAGCCAAGUCCAUCGUCCAAACAUCAGACCGAGGACAGGAGCUUGCAGAAAGGUGGAUCGAUGGGGCUGCAGGGGCCUGGUUGGAGGGGAGCCAUUGAAUGGUUUGGAGCAUCAAGUGAUGGAUGUGCAACGAUCAACAUGCUGUUUUGUUUAAAAAGGACUCAAAAAUCAGCAACCAUGAGAACUUCCUAGGUGCUCAGAGGCUUGAUUGGUGAAUCAUGAUGGAGAGCACCAGCGAG